CUUGUUUUUAUUUGUGAUAAUAAUAAGAAAUGACUUCGAGUUGUGAAUCAGUGUCUGUGACGGCGGAACACAAAUGAGAACUUUCUUCUUAUGUUGGAAAGUGAGUGAGGGAAGAGAAAUGAGGGGAAAUAAUUAUGUACAUGCUUUAGUUUUGUUGUUAAAAAACAAUGAAAACCAAAAACCACAGAGAUGCAUACAAUAAAGAAUUUCAAAAUACAAGAGGAUCAUAAAGUGCGAGGCAGAGCAGGAAUUUUAGGAAAGCGUUGACUGACAUGAGAUACAAUUGGACAAAAGUAAAACACGUGAGACACGUUAGUAAUUUGCAUAUGAAAAGAAGACAAGUCAGACGUUAAUUUAUGUCUAGUCUGAAUAUUCAGAUUUUAAAGAUGAUCCAAAAAUUCUGAGAUUUCUAAAUUUGCAUUCUAUUUCAAAGUGCACAUGUGUAAUUGCUUUUCAUGAGUGUAUCUAAGUAUCCAACUCGUUGCUACAUAUUCCUUCCAUUUUCAUCGCCCGUCUGCCCGACAUGCUCACUCACGGAUAUUUCCGAUCAUUUAAUUCUAAGCGAGGGAAAAGAUAGUCACGAAUAAAUAGAAGACGAAACUCGAAACCAUAAUCAUUUCGAGCAGGAUCAUUGAUAUUUAUAGCAGGCGACGCAUUCACAUGAGAUCAUUGUCUCCUUCGCUAUUCCGUUCCUAAGAAUGAUUAGUGUUAUGGAAAUGCGGAAAAGUAAUAAACAUACGACGAGGAGUAAGAGACCAACCUUUAUUCCUCCUUUGUCGAGUAGCUUCGGUUGGCAUAAUUCCGCCGUCAUUGUCACAAUUAUGGGUGGAGGUACAUGUGUUUGCUUUCUGAAACUGGGGUAUGAAAAUAAUCCCGAUUUGAAAAAGGACGACAACGAAUUAAAUUUGAUGUGAAUUGCCUCCGCUUUGGUUGAAAUAAAUAUAAAUCGUGGAUGCACACUCGCCGAUCUCGUAAAAGGCAUGGAAAUUUGGCUCAUCUCGCAGUACAGGAUUGUUUAUGUGACAUUUCGUACUUUCUAGUGUGUGGCACUUUCUCUACUUUAUUGUGUGGCACACUGCAUGCGGUUUAAUGUAUGCCAUGCACAUACUGAAAUUUGGAAAAACUUUCAUCAUGCAUGAUAAGAAAGAAUCAGUGUUCUUGUUGACAGCUCGUCCCGAAAAUGUGAUGGCUCGAGCUGACUUUAUUACGUAUAAAUGUGGUCGGUAAAAAAAUCAUGUUUAUUGAUCUACCCAUUGUCAAUUUUUUCAAUAUUUGUUAAUGCAUUUUCCCACUUUUGUCAUAACUUUGGUAACAUCGCGUUAGAAUUUAUGUUUAUGCCCGAGUCUAAAUAAAUGGGAGCAACUACGGUCAUCCAGUCGUGGUUAUCUGGUCUGACUCAUGCAUGCCGACCAGACCACGCAUAGCACUAAAUAUAAUCUGAUUGAUCGAAUUUAAUCGUGGAAGUAAAAACCUAAAAAAUAUUAAGGAUCAUAACUUUUUACGAUGCGUCCUCCUCUCCCGUGUAUGUAUUUGUCGCAUAAUUUCGUCAUGUAUCCGGGGAAAUUAUACAAUGGUAAAGUGUGCUAGAUAGGAAAUUUAACUGCUAAUUAUUCACGUAAUAUCUGAAAUUCAUAUUAUUCCAGGUUCAAAAGAGCGAGCUUUCUCCAGCAAAUCAUGGAUACAGUUAGAGCAUGUAUAUUCAUACGACAAAUCUGAAUUACGAUGGCUGUGGGAAAUUGCUAAAUUCAGACAUGUGCGUCAGAAAUGGCAGGUUGUUGGGCUCAAACUGAAACAGCCACAUAAGUACCGAUGCAGUAAUUCCAUGUAUGUACAAUCCUCAAGUGAAUGAUAAGAUCAAUCACGAGCAAUUAUUUUAACAACGAUUUUAUCAAUCAAUCGAUUGGAACCGGACUGACGUAACUGAUACAACAAGUAUAUAAACGCUGAUUUUCCGUCAUUUAAUUCUAUUCAUUUGCAUUUUGCACAUGACAAGAUGUCGUCCUAUGCAGCCUUGUGUUUGCUAUUUUUGUCCUGCAAUGUCCUCAACGAGGUGAAUUGCCACCAGUUGGAAGCAGUUAAGGUGAGCAGUCGCCUCCCGGAGGGGAGACAAGCCACCUCUGCAAUAUUUGACGGGAAGGAUGUCAUCUACAUAAUUGGCGGCAGUAACCGCAACUCUUACAAUACGAAGGACAUCUUAAAGUACAACGUAACCUCGGACACCAUUGAAAAAGUGGCAGAACUACCACGCGGCCUAAACGAUGGAACAAACUCAAUGGACAAAGAUGGCAAUAUUUAUCACGCCAGCGGAGAACAUGGUCCAAUUGCGAGCGAACCUCACAAAAUAUACAAGUAUUCGCCCAGCACAAACACCGUCGAAAUUGCGACUUCCCUCCCAUUCUCCGCAUACGACAGUGCAACCGUGUCCGAUCCUGAAAACCGUGACAAAAUUUACAUCUUGGGAGGAUGGCCUUAUCCCGAAGCUAUCGUCUCCUUCAACAUGGCCACCCAAACGGCCGAGUGGAGUCAUAACCUCUCCUCCAACUACUAUCCCAUGACAGCUUUUAAUGAUGAUGAUGGCUACACGUACCUCUUUGGUCAGCCAGCACUCGUGCCAACCGUGGAACAGUGGGUUAUCAAACUAAACCUGUCCACCAAUCAAGUCGUGGCCACCGGUCCACACAACUUUCCCAGGUUGAAGGGAAAAGCCAGCACUGUGUGGGACGGCAGGUACGCGUACGUAAUCGGAGGUUACGGCGACCUGAGAUCGGGAUACCAUGCCGACACAAUUCUGCAAUUCGACCCCGUCACGAUGGACUACGUUUUGCUUCCGGUUACAAAUUUUCCCGCCAAUAGGAGUCGAUUUUUGCAGGAGGUUAGUGCCGUUUAUGUCCAUACGUUGGGAAGGAUUUAUAUCAUUGGGGGAUUUUCCAUGGCGGAUCAAGGGGGUGCGGCGACGUGGAUAUAUCACGAUGAAAUUUGGUACAUCGAACUCUACCCGGGACAGCCGACCACGACGACGGAGUUUCCACCCUCCACCACGCUAAACCCGGAUGUCUACACGUGUCAAAAUCGGAGCGAUGGAAUGUACCCGCAUCCAUACAGUUGUGACAAGUUUAUCAAUUGUAAUGGGGGGCAAUUAACGGAGUUUAGGUGUCCAUACCCGCUCCUCUUUGACCCGGUCGGAUUGACGUGCAAUAUGCCACAUCUGGUCGACUGCGAGAUUACCUGUGUGGGGAGGGAGGACGGGGUUUAUCCACAUCCACAAGAUUGUUCGUUGUUUAUUGGGUGUGCGGAUGAGAGGGUGCACAUUUAUCAGUGUCCGACACCUUUGUUGUUUGACCCCGUCACGGGAAGAUGUGACCUACCCGAGAUUGUGCAGUGUUAGUAAUGGGGUGAAAUUUAGACUUUGUAAAUAAAUGCUAAAUUAUUAAGCAGCAAUGUAAUGUACGACUUAAUGAUAUUCAAACUUGUCAAAAUAUUAAUUUUAAUCGGACUAAUAAAUGAAAUUAACAAUAGUGCACUAUAAA